AUGAAGAAGGAGGAAAAAUUGGAAAAGAAGGUUCCACCUACUGGAACCUUUUCAGUGUCGCUAGGUAAAUAUAUCUUGAUUGCUGCUCUAGUUUUAGUGCUUACAGUUGUCUUCCAGUUCAAGUCACCCACAGUAAUGGACCAGGUUAAUGAAGACAGUGCUACUGCUGAGAGUCAAAAGGAACGUUCGAUUCUGAAACAUUUUAUUGCAGAGGAACAAUCGGAAGGUGAUGGUGCCACUGUGAGAAGAUCGGUGGGGUCCUAUCAAAUGACAAGGUUUUCACCAUUCUUAAUGUUGGAUGACUUUAAAGUGACUCCACCAGAGGGGUUCCCCGAUCAUCCUCACCAUGGUCAGGAGACAAUUACUUACGUGACAGGUGGCAUACUUGCACAUGAAGAUUUCACAGGUUCUAAGGGUGUCUUGUACCCUGGUGAUUUGCAAUUCAUGACUGCUGGGAAGGGGAUUGUGCAUUGUGAGAUGCCGGUAACCAUGAAUGAUAGUGCAGUUAGCACAGGAUUACAGUUUUGGGUUGAUCUGCCUGCUGAUUUGAAAAAUUGUGAACCAAGAUACAGAAAUUUAAGGGCAGACACAAUUCCGGUGGUUCAAGUCAAUGAUAAUUUGAAUGUUAAAGUUAUUAGUGGUAAGUCAUAUGAUGUGGAAUCCGUAAAAGAUUUGGCGUAUACACCAAUUGAUUUCUAUUAUUUUAUUUCAAAUAAGGCAGGUACAGAAUUUGCUCAAGAGAUCCCUCCAGAUUUUAAUGCCUUCAUUUAUGUCACUAAGGGAGCCAUUACUAUUGGCGAAGAAGUAUUCAAAGUGCACUCUUCAGUUUUCUUCCAAACAGAUGGGAAUUUCAUUAGAGGUUUUACUGCAUCAGAUAACACCGAAUUUGCCGUUAUUGGUGGGAAGAUCUUGGAUCAGCAAGUAGUGCAACAUGGUCCAUUUGUGGAAACUACAAGAGAAAAAUUAAUAGAAGUGUUUGAUAACUAUCGGGCGGGAAUUAAUGGUUUUGAAAAGGCACUUGGCUGGAAGUCAUCCAUUUCUAAUGGUAUUGAUGAGCAAACUGCAAGGGAAUGGUACAGUUAA